AUGAACAGGGAGCAGUUUUCUCCAUCCGAAGAACGUUGGUCAGACUAUUCAAGAGCUGAAUUUUUAGCUAGACCAUAUAACAGUCAAUCUGAAGAGCAAGAUUCCAGAUAUCUUUCAUAUGAACAACAUGAUGAAAGUGAUAUACGACGGCAAUCUUAUACACAACUGCCUGCUGUCACCACUGUUGUCAGAGGAGAUAGACAAUCAAUUGUUCUAAAUCAUAGUCCUUUAUCAAAUACAGGUCUUCAAACACGUGCCAGUGUCACUUCCACUGCUGCUGCUGCUAGUGCUGUAACCGGUUUAACUGGUAUAGCUGGUAUCGCUGCUGCAGCUGCAAGUCAACAAGGCAAACCGCUUAAUUUAGCUGCGCUUACAUUGGCUGCUCAAUCUGUUGCAGCGAAAAAACGUGCUGGAGCCAGGGCGCAAGCUGCUAAUACAAGACCAGAGCGUACAUUAUUCUGUUUGACACUGAGAAAUCCUUUAAGAAAACUUUGUAUAAAAAUUGGAGAAUGGAAACCAUUUGAAUAUCUUAUUCUGCUUACAAUUAUGGCCAAUUGUUGUGCACUUGGCGCAAUAACUCCAUAUCCUGAUGGUGAUUCAAAUACUCUUAAUCAUAUUUUGGAAAAAAUUGAAAAUGUUUUUAUUGUCAUAUUUACUGUGGAAUGUGUAUUGAAGAUUGUUGCAUUCGGUUUUGUUAUGCACUCAGGAGCAUAUUUACGUAAUGCAUGGAAUAUACUCGAUUUUACUAUCGUUAUCUUAGGCCUUUUACAACCGCUCAUCCAACAAAUGGUUGAACAAUCUGGUGUAGAUGUUAAAGCCCUUCGUGCUUUCAGAGUAUUGAGACCGCUUCGUCUUGUUUCUGGUUUACCAAGUUUACAAGUCGUAUUGAAUUCUAUUAUGCGUGCUAUGGUCCCUUUGCUACACAUUGCACUUCUAGUUAUCUUUGUAAUUAUUAUCUAUGCAAUAGUUGGUUUAGAAUUAUUUUCUGGUAAAUUACACGCAGCAUGUUAUGAUUAUUUAACAGGUGAAAUUGAAGAUAAUCCAUCACCGUGUAGUUUAUCUUCACGUGGUGCUCAAUGUACAGGUUCAUAUGUUUGUUAUGAUUUUAAAUUGGAUAUGAGUUAUGCAGCUGUUGCUGAACGUAAACAACUCGCCGAGGCGAUACAAGCUGGUAAUAUCACUCCACCGUUAGCACAACCAGAAAGAUGGGUUGGACCAAAUUAUGGGAUAACUAAUUUUGAUAAUUUUGGCCUAUCUAUGCUGACUGUAUUUCAGUGCAUUACGAUGGAAGGAUGGACACAAGUUCUUUAUUGGGUGAAUGAUUCACAAGGCAUGUUAUAUCCAUGGAUUUAUUUUAUCAGUAUGAUAAUUAUUGGAUCAUUCUUUGUUAUGAAUCUUGUACUCGGUGUAUUGAGUGGUGAGUUUUCAAAAGAAAGAGAAAAGGCUAAGAAACGUGGAAAGUAUCAAAAGGCCAGGGAACAAAUGCAAUUCGAAGAAGAUGUUCAAGGCUAUCUGGAUUGGAUCAGUGCAGCUGAAGAUAUCAGUGAUGAUGAAGAUACGACAAAUAAAGAGGAUGAAAAAGAGAAAAAAUUUCGUUGGUGUGCUGCUUGUCGUUCAACAUCAUCAUCAUCGUCAACACCUGAUGACUAUGAAGAGGAAGAAGAAGAUCCAUCAGAACAUGGUAUGGAUGAUGGCGGUGGUGGUGGUGGACAUCGUGGUCAAUCGUCAUCACAACAACAGCAACAAUAUUUUUUCUGUAUUCCAUUGAAAGGGAGACGAUCUCGACGAUGGAAUCGACGUUGUCGACGUUCUUGUCGACGAUUGGUUAAAUCUCAAACAUUCUAUUGGAUAGUUAUUGUUCUUGUCUUUCUUAAUACCGGUGUUCUUACAUCAGAACAUUAUGGACAACCUUUAUGGCUUGAUGAUUUCCAAGAUAUGGCCAAUAUUGUUUUUGUUGUCCUCUUCUCAAUUGAAAUGCUAAUUAAAAUGUACAGUUUAGGCAUAAGAUGCUAUUUUGACUUUAUGUUCAAUCGAUUCGAUUUUUUUGUGGUUAUCUGCAGUAUCAUUGAAGUUGUAUUAAUUCAAACUAAAGUAAUGCCACCGUUAGGUGUAUCUGUUCUACGCUGUGCACGUCUACUACGGGUAUUUAAAGUUACAAGAUACUGGAGUAGUCUACGUAAUUUAGUCGGUUCUCUAUUGGCUAGUUUAAAGUCAAUUGUUAGCUUGUUAGUUCUACUCUUUUUAUUCAUUGUAAUAUUUGCUCUACUCGGUAUGCAAUUGUUCGGUGGUCGAUUCAAUUUCCCUCGUGAAGAAAAGCCAAGAUCUAAUUUCGACAGUUUUUAUCAAUCGUUGAUAACAGUGUUUCAGAUAUUAACUAGCGAAGAUUGGAAUGAAGCCAUGUAUAAUGGAAUUCGUUCAUAUUCAAACAGUCGUGUUGGUAUAAUGGUCUGCUUGUAUUAUGUGAUACUGUUUAUUUGUGGAAACUACAUUCUACUUAAUGUAUUCUUGGCUAUUGCUGUUGAUAAUUUGGCUGAUACUGGUCAAAUGGAAGAGAAAAAAGAUGAAGCAACUGAUGAAAAUGAUACAGAACAAGCUGGAACUGGUGGUUCUACAACAGGAGGUGGUGUUGGCGGUACAGAAGACGCGGGAAAAAUUGGUAGCGUCGGCAGUGGAAGCGUAGACAUUAAUAAUAAAGAGAAUAAAUCUUACGGGAUGUUAAACAAUCGAAAAUUAUCUAAUAAUAAUAAUAAUAAUACAAGUAGUAAUCCAGAUGGCCAGUUGUCAGAAGUUCAUCAUGAAUUUAAUGAUGUUACACAAUUAUUGGAUCAAUUGAACCUGGAUCCAAUCAAUGAAGACACUGAAAUUGACCGAUCCAUGUUUGACAGAGAUGAGAAACGUAAAGCCAAUGAAACUGAAAACAAUCAACCUGGAGAUGAAACUGAUGGCAACAAUGAACAUAUAGAUGAAAGUGUUGAUGAUAAAGAUGCAAAAGAUGCCUCGAAUUCUCGACGUCAUUCAGAGAUGAGUUCAACAAAGAAAAUAAAACCAAUACCGAAUGCAUCUUCAUUUUUCAUCUUUAGUCCAACUAAUCCAUUUCGUGUAGCCUGCCAUGAAGUUUGCAAUCAUAAUUAUUUCAAUAAUAUUGUCCUUGUAUGCAUAUUGGUCAGUAGUGCUAUGCUUGCAGCCGAAGACCCGUUAGACGCUUCAUCUGCACGUAAUCAGAUUUUGAACUACUUCGAUUACUUUUUCACAUCAGUCUUCACGGUAGAAAUCACCUUGAAGAUAAUCACCUAUGGUUUGGUAUUACAUAAGGGUGCAUUUUGUCGAAGUGCAAAUAAUAUGCUAGACUUUAUGGUAGUCCUUACCUCGAUUAUCUCUUAUCCAAUUGAUAUUGAUACAAUAUCUGUGGUGAAAAUUCUUCGUGUUUCACGUGUUUUACGUCCAUUGAGAGCAAUUAAUCGUGCAAAAGGCCUGAAACAUGUUGUCCAAUGUGUUGUAGUCGCUGUAAAAAGUAUCGGUAAAAUAAUGAUGGUCACUUUCCUGCUGGAAUUCAUGUUUGCUGUUAUUGGUGUACAGCUGUUUGCUGGUAAAUUUCAUUCAUGUACAGACAGUUCACGUCUUGUACCAAGUCAAUGUCGUGGUCAAUAUAUCACAUAUGAACUGGGUGAUAUUAGUCGACCAGUGGUAUUGGCACGUGUAUGGUUAAAUAAUCCCCUGAAUUUUGAUAAUGUACCCAAUGCUAUGCUUACUCUAUUUGCUGUAUCAACAUUUGAAGGUUGGCCAGGUCUACUGUAUAGAUCUAUUGAUUCAUAUGCUGAAGACUAUGGCAGUGUAUAUAAUAAUCGACCGAUUGUUGUCAUCUUCUAUGUCGCCUAUAUAAUUGUGAUAGCCUUUUUCAUGAUUAAUAUAUUUGUCGGUUUUGUUAUUGUCACAUUUCAACAAGAAGGGGAACAAGAAUACCGGAAUUGUGAACUAGACAAAAAUCAGCGCAAGUGUAUUGAAUUCGCCCUGAAAGCCAGACCAGUGAAACGGUAUAUACCAAAGGAGAAUUUUCAAUAUCGUAUCUGGUGGUUCAUCACAUCACAACCAUUUGAAUAUUGCAUUUUUAUCUUCAUAUUAAUUAAUACAAUAUCAUUGGCAAUGAAAGUUGAAGGCCAACCAAUGGCUUAUGCAGAAGCACUGGAUUAUUUGAAUAUUGUAUUCACUGGUGUAUUUACAGUGGAAUUUGUGCUGAAGUUAACUGCUUUUGGAUUCAAGAAUUACUUUAGUGAUCCAUGGAAUGUAUUCGAUUUUAUUAUUGUCGUUGGAAGUUUCGUGGACAUUAAUAUGUCACAUUUAGCUGCAAAUUCAAAAUUUAUCAGUAUAAAUUUUUUUCGUUUAUUCCGUGUAAUGAGACUUGUGAAAUUAUUAAAUCGUGGUGAGGGCAUACGAACACUGUUAUGGACAUUUGUUAAAUCCUUUCAGGCAUUACCAUAUGUUGCCUUACUCAUCAUAAUGUUAUUUUUUAUCUAUGCUGUUAUUGGAAUGCAAAUGUUUGGUAAAAUUGCUUUAAUUAAUCCAGAUAGCUCAAUAAAUCGUAAUAAUCAUUUUCAAACAUUUCCACAAUCCUUAUUAGUAUUAUUUCGUUCUGCAACUGGUGAAGCAUGGCAAGAGAUUAUGUUAAGCUGUGUUAAUGAUCAUACUGUUAAAUGUGAUCGAUAUUCAGAUACAGAAAUGAAAGCAAUACGUAGUUUUUUAGAUGAACAAUUUCCAGUUUAUUAUAAUCUAAGCGAUACAUCAACUACUUCUGAUGCAAUCAUAAAUGGAAAAAGUAAUACAUCAAAAACACCAAUUAUUACUUUGUCUAAUUAUUCAACAAAUAAUAGACAAACUUUUCAAUCAUUAUCUACUAGUACUACUCCUGUAACUAUUACUGAUAAUAGUAAUAAUAAUAAUGGUAAUGGAGUAGAUUAUAAUACAUGGAAUAUAAUCGAUAAUGGAUUAAUUCAUACAAACCAAACACCAUCAACACUGCAUUCAUUACACUCACCACCACCGACCUUCAUGACACCAGAUAAUCCACUGGAUUUCAAGGAUUGGACGUAUGCAUUCCCAUCUGUUGAAACUAUCCACUCGACAGGCGAAGAGUAUAACUUCCCAACAGACUAUAUAGGUCAACAGCAGCGACGUAUUCGAUCAGUGCAGAAUCAACCGACAUCAUCAUCUUCCCCAUCAUCAACAACAGCAUCAGGAUCACCUCAAUCAUCAUCAUCAUCAUCAACAGUCUCAACUCCAUUGACAACCGCGAAUGAAAUUCAAUCAAAUCAAAUUGUUUAUGAGUAUUAUGAUGAGAGGACAAUUAGUGCAAAGAAGUUGGAAGAGUUAGGUUAUAAUGGGCCAAGAGCUACUUGUGGAUCAAAUUUUGCUUAUCCUUAUUUUAUAUCUUUUUAUAUGGUUUGUUCAUUUCUGAUUAUCAACUUAUUUGUUGCUGUUAUCAUGGAUAAUUUUGAUUAUCUAACACGUGAUUGGUCAAUAUUGGGACCACAUCAUUUAGAUGAAUUUAUACGUUUAUGGUCAGAAUAUGAUCCUGAAGCAAAAGGAAGAAUUAAACAUCUUGAUGUUGUCACUCUUCUACGCAAGAUAUCACCUCCAUUAGGAUUCGGUAAAUUAUGCCCUCAUCGAACUGCUUGUGUGACAUUGGUACGCAUGAAUAUGCCAUUGAACAGUGAUGGGACAGUAAUGUUCAAUGCAACCCUCUUUGCUUUGGUUCGAACAAAUUUGAAAAUAAAAACUGAAGGUGCAGCAAUUGAUCAACUCAAUGAAGAACUUCGUGCUGUAAUUAAGAAAAUCUGGAAGAGAACAAGUAACAAACUUCUAGAUCAACUUGUCCCUCCUGCAGGUGGUAAUAAUGACGUAACAGUUGGUAAAUUCUAUGCAACAUUUUUAAUCCAAGAAUGGUUUCGUCGAUGGAAACAGAAAAAGGCUGAAGAACAGAAGGCAUUACUUCAUGGUCAGGGUAAACGUCACUCAAUUAUGCCUUUCAAGAGCUUUGGUCGACCAAUGAACAGCCUACUUGAGACACAAACCAAUGUGACGAAUAGUCUGUUACCGCCAUCGGAGGAAACCAGUAAACGAGGAAGUUCUGGUAGUCUAGGAGAAGGCGACACGCAUCAUAGUUUAUUAGACUCUAUGAAAAAUGUUAUCCAACGAGUGGGCAGCAGUUCAAGACGUCAGUCAGAAAUAUCUCACAGUAUGGAUGCUGAAAAAUCCUCCAAUGAUGUCUACCAGCAGUAUUCAACAGAAUCAUCGCAUAAUAAUAAUAAAUCAUCACCAUUAAUACCUAAUCAUCAUCAUCAUUAUCAUCACUUAAGUGCUGUUAACGAGAAACCAAAUCUGCUCAGUGCACCGCAUACACCGACUGUAGAUCAUUUAACUCCAAUAACACGACGUAUUGUAUUGCCAACAAUUAAUCAAGGCAGUCAUGAAGAUGAUUGGGAUGUGGAAAUGGAUGGUUUCGGCGAAGGCAAGAAAUUAAUGCAAGGCAAUAACAAGGCAUCCGAGAAAUUCCCUGCCUAUUCUGACAGUCAUUAUUCUAUUGAUGGAAUGGUAAAUAAUAACAAUCAUAUUGACAAUAAUAAUAAUAAUAAUAACAAUACCAGUGGAUAUUCCGUUGACAGUAAACGACAAGCCAAACAACAAUACUUCAUGCGAUUGAAUAGCGAUGAUAUUAAUGUGCCUGUUAAACGAAACGACAUCAGUCAUAAUAACAAUAAUAGUUAUGAUGGAGGCUUUAAUAAACGAUUUUUAUCUCCAUCAAACGAUCAAAUGCUCAGAUCUGGACUGCAUGACAUGCCGAACCACCCGUUGAAUUCUUAUCCACAAACACCACUACCCAGCAACACAUCCUCGUAUCGAUUGAAUUCAACACGAUAUGCCACAUCAAAGUCUAUCGAUGCUUUGGCUGAUGUUGGACAAAUGAACAAGGUACAAAAUAACCUCAGGAAUAUAACUAUUGUCCAUGACAAUGAUGAUAAUAAUAUGGACUACGACAGUCGUAAUUAUCGUACAACUGAUAGAAAUUCUUCGAAUGAUGAAGACGCAGAAGACAUGGAAGGGGAAGAAGAAGAAGAGGCAGAAGAACCAGAAGCCUUGUGUUUAAUCCAAAGAGGAGAAACGCCGAGUCCAGCUCCAUCGAUUGGUGCAGCUAUCCUUAGACCGAAUUACUAUCCCAUAUCAGAUGAUCAGAAAUCAAUCAAGCGUAGAAAAGUGAUCAAUCCUUCCGAUUUCACUGUCUAUACCAGUAUACCAAGAGAUUUAUUAAUGAAUAAAUUAGGCGAUAAUACUGGUAAUAAUAAUGCUGGUUAUUCAAGUGGUUCAAUAAAUAAGAAGUUGGAAGAGCUGAUUGAUCUACCAAAGCCUGUUUGGAUGGCAGGUUUACCAGAUUCACGACCUACACCAGAAACUUCUCAACCUUCUCUACGCCUUAGACACUACAAGCGUCAACUGCCACAAUUACCUUCAGGUGUUAAGAAAAAGGAAAAUACAUAUGGUUCAAGUGCAAGUCAGUUAUCUUCCCCAGUAUUAGUUGACAUUCAGGAACAUGCAAGAAUGAAUUAUUUGAAGACGAAAAAUGGAGAAGCGAAUUUCCCUUACACCUCACAGUGGAGUAGGCAUUCAUACAACAAUAAUAAUAAUAACAGUAAUAAUAAUAAUAACUCAGAUACUUCCAUCCUCCUAUAUCAACCAGCAUCUAUUGAUCCACAUGGACCUGCUCCAAAUCCUUCAUUACCUUGGUCACAAUAUACAGAACCAAUUAUAUCUCCACCAAGACAUCAUGAACAAACAAGUAUGGUGGAGAAAGAAUUAUCACAAGUUCAUAUGAAACAGCCUACAACUCCACGACAGAACUGGUUAAGCCAGUUGAUUGGCGGUAGUAGUGGUAGUAGUCAUAGUAAAAAAGACUCUGAUCUCAGUAUGGAUCAUAAGACAACAGGCAAACAAAAUUGGACAUAUCUUGAAAACUGUGAUCUGCCUUUACGACAUUUAGCCCCAUCACCACCACCACCACCUGCACCAAAGCCUAUUUUAUCAAAUUUAAAUGAAGAUUUAUCAAAAAUCAAUAAUUAUUCAACAUAUCAUCUAACUCGUAAUGGAAGCUCAAUGGAAUUUUUAUAA